AUGGAGGAGGAGAAGGAGGAGGAGGAGAAAAAGGUGUUCCUAUACCGCGCUCCUGCCACAGUGGAUGGUUUCGGGGAGCCUCCCAGGUCGGGUCCUCUCCCAGGUCCGGUCCUGCAGCGGCACCAGGGAAAGGGCCGGCCUGUUGGUAUUCGCCUGUGUAUUUCAAAAGUAACCUCACAUUUGAAGAGACUAGCAGUUCCUGGUUUGGUUUUUUUUUUUGCCGGCAAUCAAGUUGAAGCAAUCAAGUUGAAGAAACGUUUCCACUACUAUAUUUAUUCAGCUCUUCCAAUGGGAUUUUCUGUUAGUAAAUCUGCUACUCAGUUAUCUGCUAUGUGUAUGGAUGCAAAAGUGGAUGAUCACUUAAUGCAAGGGACUGAGAAAAGCAAGCUGGAACCAGUGACUCAGUUAUUUCAAAACACUAAGAAAAUAAGAUUAGAAGACCCAAACCAAGAAACCCUUACAAGAGAGAAAGAGACUGGUCCAGGCUCUCUUUCCGAGAAAGCCGUGGGUUCAGUAGUUUAUGUUAAAGAAAGUGAUGGAAUAGAAAUGACAGAUGUGGAAUGAAGUUGUUUGUACCUAUUACCACAGAAAUCAAAACUUGCUUUUGACUAAUAGGGCAUAUUGAUUGAGAACUUAACCUCAAUAGGAAAACCUAACAAAAUGAAGGAAGAUGUUUGCUUUUUUCCCCCACUGUUUAUAAAUCACCGCAGACUGCAUUUUUUUACUCAAAACAGUUGCUUUAGGGAGAAAAAGCUUUCCAAAAUUCAAAGUAGAUUUCUCUGGUAUUAUCCUUGUCAAAAUCAGAGUUUUGACUAAAAGUAUUUAAAUGGCACUAAAACAUAUUAAUGAUAAAGUAUUUAACUAGUAAUAAAAAAACAUGAAACGGUGCCCAAUUUGACAUCAUUAUGUCACACUAUUUCUUGUGUACUGAUUUUGUAUGUUAGAUUUGGGAUUUUGCUUAAGGGGACUUUAUCUUUCUACAUUUUUGCAUUUCUGUUAUAUAGACGUUCACUCUAGGUAAACUAUGCAAAAAAAAUCCCACAGUAAAUUGCAUACUUUGAAAAGCAUUUCACAUUUUAAAUCAUCCUUUUAAACUGUUACUAUUUUCUCCAGAUCGAAUUCAUUUCAGAGCUACAACAUAGUUAUUUCAAAGUGUAGUAGUUUAUCUUACAAUUGCAACCAUUUUAUAGCACCAAUAUUUAAUAUAAGAAAAUAGCCUUAAAAUUAUUGUUUAAUAUAUAUCAUUUUGCCAUUCUUCUUGAAAUAUGUAGUAGUUUGAAACGGCAGUAUUGUCUCAAAUAAUGCUAGAUGAAAUUAAAACCAUUUUGUAUCUGGAUAUA